AUGUGUGAUGACGCCACCGACCACCGGGAUCCUCGGAGCGGAUCUCGUUCUUCAUGGAAGGCCGAGGCGGGGCCCGCCGGUUUGGACGCCUACACACGCGAGCACAAGGUUUGCGAUGACAAGAAGUUUCCGCCCACAAUCUUGCCGCAACACACGGAAGAACCGACGAAGCCCAGCCCAGAGAACCAAGCCCGCCAGGAGAUAUGCGAUAGGCUCGUGAGCGUCAUCGAUGAGAUGCGCUCCGUGCUGAUGGAAGUUCGCGAGAAAGGGGGUGGCGGCUCUCUUACCACAGACCUCGCCGCCUGCGCCAAUGUGGCGCUGAGUCCGGUGACCGCUGGGACGUCGGCGUUCGGGAACAUGCUUCACCUUGAGCGACCCUUCGAUAUCCCGCUCAAACCCGCCGGGGUGAUGAGCCCUUUGGCCAAGACGGCACGGGAAAGCGGCAAGCGGAAGCCCAGAGCCAGCGACGGCAACAAUGAACCCAAGAGGUCGGGAUCGAAGGCUGGGGCGGCUGCAGAAAGUGGGGGAGCGAACGCGUCCGUAUCGAACGCCACCGAGAGCGGGGGAACCGCGUCCCUGGACACGAAGAGGAGUAGGAAAAGCAAGGCCCUGAAGACGACAGCGAAGGCGGUCGUCAAGGGCAGCAGGCUCAGCAGCUGUGCUUCCAGCGCUGCAUCCGAGGACAACAACUCGGACGACGCCGUCCUCGCUUCGCCAGAUGCUGACGGGGACACCGCUACUCCGUCGACUUUGGUCAGCGGCGGCGUCCAGCAGAAGCAGCAGCAGCAGGCGGGUGGGAACGUCCGGCAGAAACAUCACGCCCCCUAG